AUGAGCACUUCUGGCUCCGGCAUCUUGAGCUGGACUUCUCCACGAACAGCAACGUUGACGAUCGCGAUACUGGGCAUAUUUAUCCACCUCAACACAUACUCUUGGUUGGGAUCGCUCAGCUCGACACUGCCCGAUGUUCCAGACCGAAAUUUCGCAUCUCGUCCUCCAGGUUCGGCACCAUUUGCUCCGUUAGCCGACAUAUUUGCCAACUCUGCAGCAACAGGCGACCGAUUGUUGGACACAACAGCAGCUGCAGCCGAAGCGGAUGGAACUGCAAACAAGCAUAUAUAUCUUCCCGAAUGGGUCGCCGAAGCAAAAGCGUAUCUGAAAGCACAGGGCUUGUCGUACGUACCUACGCAAAGCAAUGCAGGCGCGGACGCUUCGGCGAACAAGAACAGCGCUGCUGGCAGCGGAAAAGCAAACAAUGCGGUCGCGUACGGUCGAUACAGCGACACAAGCGGUGGUCCGCCCGCAGGAUACGAGAUUCUCGACGAUGGCGCAGAGGAUGCUGAGCGAGCGCAGUGGGACGCAUUGCGGCUCGUCAUUGGUACGCUGCGAUGGUACAUCCUCUUCAGCGUAGCGUGCUGCUGCGCCGGUGUAGUCGGCGUGCUACGCUCUCAGCUUCUGCUCUCGAGGCUGUUUGUUAUCCAUUCGUUCCUCGAUUUCCUCCUCUCAACACUCUCACUAUUUGCUCUCGCGAUCGUCUGCACCUAUCCGAACGUACGAGCGCAUCUCUGCGACGAAUUUGGAUCGGGAGAGCUUCAAGGCUGGUUCUCGAGCUCCCAAUCCACCGGCACAGCAAGCGGUGCACUCGGCAAUACAGCACACUCCGACGUCAACAACUUGGCUCAGUCGGCAGGAACGACAUUGUCAAGCGGAUCUUUCGACGUGACAGCUACAGCAUCGGGGUGGGAGACACUCCUCGAUGGAGUCUUUGCGGCGGAGAAUUGCGAGGAGGGUUUCAGGACGACGGUGGUUCCGUUGCUGAUGGUGUUCGGGCUAUUCUUUGCUGCUGUUCGCCUCCAUUGCUUCUUCUUGGUGCAGCGCUUCUACGCAACGCUCUUGAGAAGCAAAGUGUAUCACUAUGGGUAUGCGACAACCAUGUCGGAAGAGUCGGGAACCUCGACUCCCAUGUCGCAGCUAGCGGGCGAUGCGCCGAGGGAGAGACGAUGGAAGGAGUCCAAGCUACUUGAUUGA